GCCAAUGAAGGGAUCUGGUCCCAUUCCUUUACUCGUUCCACUGGCCAUUUAAAUCAAGUGUGACUCUCCAAUAUGUCUGGAACCCUUCUCUUCAAUCUCCAAUUUCGAAAGUUAGUGAAAGAAAGAGAAAUGUAGCAUAGUGAGGGCUGUCGUGUGUGGGUGUACGAGCUCCGGUGGUCUCUCGAGCCCCCGGUGAUGUUCGUGGUCCCUUUCGACGAGUGUAGACGGGGUCCUUCGGCAGUAGAAUGGAGAGAAUUAUGAAGUCUUUAAAGGUUAUUCCCCUGUCAUCGUCCAAACCAGAGAACCGAUCGAUGGAAGGAGGAACAUCAAGAGUGUUUGAGUGAGGUGAGCUCGAUUUUCAGAGAUGCCGAAGACAUCAGGCUCACAGUGGCAUAUUCUCUUGAGCCACCUGUGAGCACUGAAAGUAUUGGCUCUCAUUUUCUUCUUUCAACAGCUUAAUCUCAAGUGCAAGUGAGUUUAGAUCCCGUCGAAUCAUCCUUUCAAUUGUGCUUUGUCUCUAUCUCCAUGGCUACACCCAAGAAGCGUUCCAGACUGAGGGAAUGGGGAUUUGCGGAUGACCACGGUCAAUGGAAGAAAGGGAGAUGUUGGGGAUGAGUUGAGUUUCAAGCAUCAAUGAAGGAACCUGCUUCAAUUCCAUUGGAGCGUAGGAGGAGUUUAGUGGCGCAUUGCUAGGUCCGACAUGGGAGCCAUUGGCUAGAAGCUUGGGGUUCGAUGUCGGCAGAAUGGGAUGCGUCGCCGGAGGUUGAUUGCACCGACCCUCUGAGGACGCAAUUGACGAGCGAAUUCUAGCAGGGAUGGAGUACUGUGACCUAAUCCUAAUCCACCGCAUCUUUUAAGGUGAUCAGAGUGCAGAGAAUCCGUCUCAGCCGUUUCGGUAGUAUAUUAUGUGUUUUGCUUCUUCAGGUAUUUCAUUUUCAAAGGAAAGGAGUCGACGAUCGCAACACAUCCCACUAUGUUUUCCGCACAUGAGAUCUUUGGGAUUACACUAUGAUAUUGUUUUACGAUAACACGUUUUGAUUAUUGACACUUGAGUUUUGACAUGGGAUGUUAUUAUGGAUGUUUUUAUACUAUUGGUUUUAUAAUAACUUAUUUAAAAAUAAAAUUUUUGGCCCGUAAUUUUGGGAUGUUACAAUUUUGGAGCUAAUUCAUAGAGGGAAAGAAUGGCGGUUUUAGAGAGAAUAAAAGAGAGAAAAGAGAGAUUUUAUCUCUCUGAAUAGCUCAUUUCUUUCGUCAUCUAUUUGGGGUUAUACUCCACCAAAAUACAGAGAUGCUUAUGAACUCAUGGAGAAUUUGUUGAAUCAUGGAAGUGACCCUCUUGAACUUAGUCUACCGCAACCCUCAAGGAUCCACAAUCAAGCCCUCAUCAAUAGUUGUCACACCCCAAAACCGGAACGGCGGAACGUUCUGGGGUGGAUGACGUCAUGUCAAGUAUCACAACACAUGCAUAUAGUAAUCAAAGUACAACAAAACAUUGCAUUAAUAGUAAUAAUUUUACAAGGUUACAUUACAUAGUAUCAAAGUAAUACAAGCAACAUAUAUAAAGUGCAACAAGGUACUUAGGCCAUCUUCAUCAGCAGCUCCGGGGAUGUACCUGUCUAAUUGCUUACCUGAGAUUACAAGUUAUUUGAAAAGCGAGUAUCAGCAUUUUUACAAAUGCUGGUGAGUUCAUAAGCAUUUAGUGUCAUUUAGUCAAAUAACUUUAAUAAGUAGUAGUUUAAGUGCUUUCAGUGCUUCAGUGUCCUUUCCAGAAAAUCCUAUAUUUUCUUUAAAUAAAGCAGCCUUCUACCAAGACUGUUUCAGUGCAUUGUGGUAAGAGGUAGUUUUCCCUUAAUUGACAUUGUUAUCAAAAUACUGAAUUUGAUUAUUUAAGAAAGCAGGAGACAUCAGGGAAUAACAUAUGCCUCAGCAGUGAUGACUGCUGACUAAGGCAAAGAAUCAUAGACUCCAGGAGGGUAUCGAACUGACGACACGCCUGGUUCAGUCUGACAAAGGGGAGACAUAGACCCCAGAAGGUACCAAACGAAAGGUACAGCUGGUAAGGUCUAAAACGGUAAAUAUAGACCGAAGACGAUACCAAAUGAAAGAUAUCUCUCACAAGGUCAGAACAAAGACUACGGACCCCAGACAGUAUCAAUUGAAAGAUACAGCUAGCAAGGUCGAAACAGAGACUAUAGACCCCAGACAGUAUCAAAUGAAAGAUACAGCUAGCAAGGUCGAAACAGAGAUUAUGGACCCCAGACAGUAUCAAAUGAAAGAUACAGCUAGCAAGGUCGAAACAGAGAUUAUAGACCCCAGAUAGUAUCAAAUGAAAGAUACAGCUAGCAAGGUCGAAACAGAGAUUAUAGACCCCAUACAGUAUCAAAUGAAAGAUACAGCUAGCAAGGUCGAAACAGAGAUUAUAGACCCCAGACAGUAUCAAAUGAAAGAUACAGCUAGCAAGGUCGAAACAGAGAUUAUGGACCCCAGACAGUAUCAAAUGAAAGAUACAGCUAGCAAGGUCGAAACAGAGAUUAUAGACCCCAGACAGUAUCAAAUGAAAGAUACAGCUAGCAAGGUCGAAACAGAGAUUAUAGACCCCAGACAGUAUCAAAUGAAAGAUACAACUAGCAAGGUCGAAACAGAGAUUAUAGACCACAGACAGUAUCAAAUGAAAGAUACAGCUAGCAAGGUCGAAACAGAGUGACUCUGAAAAGUGACAUCAGCAUACAGUGUAAAUUGCUGACGAAAAUACCGUUACCUUAAAGCCAUGAAUUAUAAGGCAACCCAGGAUACUCGUAACCAUACUGACUAGAGUUCCAGACGCCCUACAAGCAUCUAUAUAAUAUGACAUUUGUCACCCCUUGGCUUGGUGGGCCGUGGACUGUAGCUAGCAGUUAGGGUGCGGGGUUGUCAAUCCCGUAUAGGCCUAUACACACAAUGUCCGCUCUCCCUACAGGAGACUCUGGUUGCCAACUAGACGACGGAGAAAGCCGCGUCCCGAAGAUGCUUCCCAAAUAGAGAAUAGUGUGUUUCUUGAGAGGAGUGGGUUUCUAAUACAAGUGAUAUACUAGAGGUAGAGACUUCCAAACAGUGGUUAGUGUGUUUCUAAGGUAAGUGUAGAAUAGAUGAAGAGACUCUUAAUUGACUUGACUAGAGAAUUCCCUAUAUGUCCAUACCCAUAUUCAUUGUAUUUAACUAAUGGACCAAACGACCUUCGGACGGCUACCCGAUCCCACCAGACCACAUCUCAACGAAGAAAAGGAAAUAGGGUCGAUGAGCCUUCCUAAGUCUUUCAGUCAUUACUUAUAUAUACCUAUAUAAGUACGGACAUACAUCUAACUAUGACUAAGUGGGUAUCAAGUGAAAGUGAUUCUCGUGAAGUAGGAGUGUCUAACAAGUGAAGUAAGAGCGGUCGCAAGUGAAGUAUAAGUGUCGAAUAAGUAUAAGCGCAUCGUGAAGUGGAGAUGACAAUAGGUGAAGUAAGAACGUAUAAAGUAUAAGUGAAGUAAAGUCGAUCUCAAGUAUAAGCGAAGUAGAAUCGUAUCACUAAGUAAGAGGGUAAAUAAGUAUAAGCGUUAUCAGGUAUAAGUGACUUCAGGUAUAAGCGAAAGCAUUACAGAGUAGGAGUAUAAAAUAGGUAUAAGCGAAGCAGCGGUAUUUAACAAUUAAAAGUAUUCAUGAAAACCCUUGAAGACUUUAUUACUCUGGAAAAUCGCAUUUGUAUUCUUUGAUAAAAUAAGUGUGAAAACCUUUAGAAAUCUUUGAGAAUCUUUUAUAAAUCAGUUGAAAAUGAAUCUUUGAUAAGCUAUGAAAGUAAGAACUUGAACAAUUUAAAAACCCUUUUUGAAAGCCAUUUAUAGUGCCCUACUCGGUAAAACAGUGUACAGUGGUAAAAUCUUGUGCAUGCGGGUUAUCAAUCACAUGUGAUUGAUAUGAUAAAUGGCAUGUUUAACUUGUAAUCCCCCCCCUAUGAAAACAUUUAAAAGCAUUAAAAAGGUUCAUUCAGGGGUAUGAACUCACCUGGUAUAAGUAGGUCCGACGGUAGUGCCGUUUAGGCGUUCGGGGUCACGCAAGGACUUGAACACACACAAGGACCUAUUUUAACAUAUGAUAACAUAUGUUCACAUACAAUUAGCAUAUAAUAUACUAAUAAAACAAUUAUACACACUCAAAGGAGUGGAAAACACUUUUGGUUGAGUGUUUGGGGUCCCGGGUAGCGUUUAAGGGUGCUAAGGGUCUCCUAUCAGUUGUGGGACUUUGGUAUGCUCAAGUAUCAAGGGUGUAAAGGGGUUUAAAGCAUCAAUAUGGACCAAACAAGGAGUUUACGGCCCAACCUAAGGGAGUUUACGGCCGUAAACUCCCAAGGUUCUAUUCUUGGGGUUUUGAUGCUUCUAGCUUGUUCCUUGAUUUAUUCUAAGCACUUUUCAUCAAAGGCAUGAUUGGAUUUGAGGCUUCUAAAGGUAUUUUAUAGGAGUUUACGGCCUAAGAACUCUCCCAAGGGAGUUUCAAGCCUCUAAUGCCUUUCUAGGAUUUUCUUAUGAAGUUUGAUGCUAUUAUGGGUGAUUAAAACCAACAUUUGAGGGGGUUUUGGGGAGUUUACGACCUAGAAAAUGCUUGGGCCGUAAACUCCAAGAAAUGUCUCAUUUUUCUUGUGUUUAAGCCUUUAUUUCCAUUCUAGCAUUUUAUCGUAAAUGUCUAAGGCCAUUAGGGGGGCAAAAUCACACUUUUGGGCAUGAUUUUAGGGAGUUUACGGCCUUGACUAUUCAUGGGCCGUAAACUCCUUUCUUUAAUUCAUUUUGGAGUGUUCUAGUGUCCUAAACUCGAAGGAAUAAGUCCCUAAAAUAUGUAAUAAGCCCUAGGAUGAGUUUGGUGCACAUUUGGGACCCUAACUUGUGGAGUUUACGGCCUAAGCAUGUGCUUGGGCCGUAAACUCUUCUUUGAGUCCUAAAUCCAUGCGUUUUAGUGUUUAAACACCCCUAGGCUAUAUCCCCUAAUAGUUUCUAAGCUCAUGGUCAAGUUUAAAGGCAUUUUUGACACCUUUUUAGGGGUUUACGGCCCUAGAAUGUUCCUGGGCCGUAAACUCCUUAUCUUAUGUCUUCUUGGAUGAUUUUUGGGCUAUAAACAUAAAUCAAUACGCUUAGAAUAAGUUAGGGUAAGCGGACUUACAAUUUGGAAGCGUUUGGUUGCGAAUUCGGGGCAAAAACGGGUCUAGAGAGAGAGAGUAUAGAGAGAGAGUGUAAAAAGUCUCCCAUUUGACUCCACUCACCCUUAUAUAGGUUUCACAGUCGGGGCUCAGUGGAAUUUUACCCGAUACUGCCGUUAAACGGGGCUUUUGGUCGCACCCGAUUUAGUGGUCGUAAUAAUAAAACUUGACAUUUUCUGAAUGAAUGAAAAUGUGUGUCUUGUGUUUUUAUUCCCUUUUAUCACGACUUAACGGCAUGUUAAAGGUAACAAAAUGGAAUGUUUAUUAAUUUGAUGCCCUCUAUUUAACGGAACUUUUUAUACAGUGGAAUAUUCCGUUAACGGUAACGGGGAAAUGUAACGGGACAACUUGGGUUGUCACAUCAUCCCCCCGUUAGAGGGAAUUUCGUCCCGAAAUUCGAGUCUAGACAAGGAAGUAGGCAUGAAUGGCCAAGUAGAGAUGAGGGAGUACUUCCUAUACGGUUGCCCUUGCAUUUCCAAGUGAUCUCUAGUCUGUGUUUGUCCUUCCCACAGAUCUUCACAUACGGGAUGCGCAUUCCGUCUAGUGUAGCUAGCGGGUUCCGACUGGUGUAUCUAUGAAGUCAGGGUUCUCGAUGGAUUCUAUCAAGAUGAGUGAGGCACGAAGAGUGUUGUCGGAUAAUCGCAUAUCAAGUCUAAGAAGUGGAUCGGUCGAAUGUGAAUCUUGUGGUAUAUCCGAAAGUAGUAGCGGUCUGAAAAGGAUUGGACCAAAUUUCCAUGAGGAUUCCCGGAUGGUCCUACGCUCUAGGAAGGGUAGAGCCUUUCAGUACUUAGAACAUAGUGUACUUCUAUGGCAAGAUCAUCACUGGCGUGAUCGCCAUUCCGAAGUUCCUAACGUUCUCUCUCGUACUGGUAGUGUAGUCCUUCGGGUUGGUUCUUAGGAAUCUCAAGUGGUCUUCAGUUUCAUGCUUUCUUUCCACUGGAUGAUAGAGGCUUCCUAGAUCGUCAAGUGGGUUGCGCGACUAUGGUCAUCGGUUUGCUAUAGAGUGUCUAUCUCCAGCUUGUGCAAAAUGGACCUGCACUAACGACGCUUGAGAUACGGAAACCCUAAGAAUCGGGGAGAUAGGGUUUCACCAGACGAGUGUUGGACUGUCUCGCGAGAUAGUUCUACUAUUUCUGCUUGAGAUAGUAUUCGGAGAACACCUAUUAGUCCAAGGAAUCUCUAAGACUGUGGUUUAUUCUAGCGUGGAAAGUGCGUGCUCUGACGUAAUCCCUCGACUAACACCAAGGCUGAUGUCGAGUCUAUAAUCUUUUCGGGAUCCGUGUCAUGAGAUUUAACGCAACUACUUUCGCACUUGACCAAGUAUUCUUGGCUGCGAAGGUUACCCUGUGGUUCUCGGUAUUCUAGUGUUUACCUCGGGAAAUAUGAUUCAUCAUCUACGAGGCGACGACGAUUUUCCUCCUUGUGAGAGGGUGGAGGAUGAUAAGCACUACCUGCCUAUAACUGGGUGGGCAAGGUGCAGGAGUAGUGCGAGCACCUACCGCAACUAUUCUCCCAAAGGUUCUGAGUUUUCUCGGUCUAAGGCAAAUCUAGUGGGCAUAGGGUCUCUUCACUCGGAACUCUACUAGCUCAAUCCGCAGUAGUUCUCUUGAUUUUCUGCUCCUAUGUCAUCGAAUGGGGUGAAAGUGUUUUGCGAAGAGGUUCAUGGUAGAACUCAUGCUUGGCCUAACCGCCAAUACUUGAUGGAUGCCAGCAGUAUACCUGGUUAUAGUGGUCAGCCUCAUGAGUUCUAUUUCCUGGGUUCACGAACCUUAUGUGUGAGGUGAGGAGGGUCACCCAGGGAACUCAACGGAGUAUGCCUCGGAUGGUUGUCGUUUUCUGAGGUAUUUGCAGUGCCAUUCACUUUGGUGUUCAUUUGACUACGAGGGGUCGAUCGACGGCAUGGGGUACCCUCACUUGAGUACUUCGGAAGGUUUGAGAUAAGAGGGACGGUUGACGAAUUGCAUUAGAUGUGAUUAUUUGUGUUAGGUUCGGGUUCGGAGGAACCUUUAUUUGCCGAUAUGGCCAUGGAGAAAGCUCACAGCACUAAGAAUGUACACAUGGUUGCACGAAGUCAAACUGUGCUCAAUAGAGUCGUCGAAGUUGGCUCACUUCGACAUGAUAUAAAGUGAAGAUCGAUAGAGUCAUGUGCCGAACAAGCACACAAGUUCUAGGCGUCUCGGGUUUUGUCCCAUAUAUCGCUACCGCGGAUACUUGGACCGAUAGAGUUGACGCGGAACUAUAGAGAGUUCUAAGUGUUUCCGAAUAGAGUAUCUUUUCUUGAAUGGAUUCUCACGAGGCAUUUCUAUAAUCGCCUCACAUAUACUAGUCAUGUAUAUUUAAGGUGGGGAGGACUGUUGACUGAGCGACCCCGCCCUAAAUCCACAACCAAACGAGGAACAGGAAAUGAGGCGGCAUUCGCUCACUCUAGGUCUAUCCAUCCUAAAUAUACAUGGCCGUAACGUAUAUGUUUAGCCAUUGUAGUUUUACCUAAUGAAUUUUUAAAUUUUAUAACAGUGCUGCGACUUUCACCUUACUAGAAAGAAUUUAUACUUGAAUUAGUCUUUUAUUGUUUUCUUAGUUUAGUUAUCCGGGAUCGAGAGACGUACCAAAAAUCCAACGAGUUUCUUUGCUGCUUCUUCCUAAGCAGUAGUGUCAGGCUCCUUCUGUGUCUUUGUCUUUCUCUUCAGUUGGGCAGUCCCUCUUAGAGUGUCCCAUUUUACCACAUAGGUGGCAAACUAUACGGGUCGCCAUAUUGGUGGUUGGUGUAAUGAGCUCAACCGGGGUUUUGCAGACACGAGCAGUAUGCCCCAGCAUGUGGCACCUAGCACAAUAGAGUUCCCGGCAGGUACCAUGAUGAUGGUAGCUGCACUUGCUGCAGUGGGGAAGGUCUCCUAGGUAUGGUCUUCUUGAGGUCAGGAGGGAAGGAUUUACAGGGGUAUCGACUGCCUCAGCUCGUUGCCCUUCGGAAGGUCCUGGAGCCGAGGUACUUCCCUCCUUUAUCUUGAGUUUUCUCUUUAGUGGGUUCAGUGGAGGUUCUUGGGUGGCUGAGUGGGGAAGAGUGGGUUGCUGCCGUCCAAUGCCAGAAUUGGAAAUCCCGACAGUGCCCUUGCUAACAUUGGCGUUGUUAGUUAGCAUUCAGGUGAGCCAUGACAGCUGCUACGGCUGCUGAGACUGCAGCUUGGAACGUAGCUUCAUCGAAUAAGAGGGUAGGUUUCUUGCUUGCGGAUUGGUUACGCUUCUUCGGUGGCAUGGUUUUUCCUACACGGAGAGGAAUACAAGGUAAUGAGAGAUGAUGGUUAACCCUGGACAUUUCUGUCCUGAACGCAUUAGGCAUAAAUUUUUCUCGUGCCUCGGGUACUAGUUGUUUGAACGUUGACCUACAUCCCUAUGAUGUAGUCCUGGAAAUCAAGGUAAGAGUAUGAGUAUCGGAAAAAGGCCAUAAGAUGCGAGUCGUUCCUACUAAGUUAUCUGUAUACCGGGGAAAGGUUUCACUCUCCGGCCUGGAGAGAAUUGAGAACGGUUCGGAACGAAAUCAUGGAAAGGGAAGCUCACAAGGGCAGAUGGCUAAAAUUUUCUCAAUAGAGAUGCGGGGAUCCGCCCUAAUCGCGUAUCUGGCAACGGGAAACGACGAUUUACCUAACACAUAGCGUGAGUAGUGUAAUCACUAACUCACUAAACUGCAUCAUUUUUAAGGGUGAAUUAUCGUGACGAAUACGAGGAAAAGACAAUUCCCGGGUUCUAUGUACUAGCUCCCUCGGUCUGCCUUGUAUCUUUGACUGGAAUCGGCGUUGGCUUCCUUCGGGUAGUUUCCUAGGGUUCUCUUCUUGUAUGGACAUAUCGAAUUUCUACUCCGCCUUCCUUCUGAUUCCAACUAUGGGUGUCAUCACUUCAUGAUGGAUGACUAGGAAUCUCCGAAGUUUAGGCGAAUUUCUCACCACUGUCCCUAAGAGAAUAUGGGCACUUGGUGUAUUCAAUAGUCCCGACCCGGUUCAUUCACUUCCGAACAGGGAAUCUUCUCAAUGAAUCUCCUCGGGGUCGAACUCAACUCUUCUGUCAAGCACUGAAGUGGAUAGGGUUUUUCUACAGGGUUCGCGUGAGAAUGGAAAUGUCUAAAGAAUCCUAAGGGAUUAUUAACAUUUCACUGUAUGAUCCAUAUCGAGUCCUGCUACGAUUACACAGGGUAUACAAAUCCUAUAUAGCUUAGAUCCGAUAGGCCUUCGAAUAUGUGAUACUACUCUAGGACCACAUCCCAACGAGGAAAAGGAAACAGAGCGAAACCACACCUUCUUAGCCUAUGGGAUCUUUAUUAUAUAGGAUCUCGGAAGUACACCCUCUGUAGUUGUAGGUAUAUCGAUAAGGGUCUUUUUAAUUAUUCACGCAAGGUUGUUUAUAGAUUCUAGAAUACCCCUAUGGUACUUUAAUUCUUGAUUGAGUCUUAUCUUCUGAUUAUGAUUCUGGGAUUAGUGUGGAUCUUUUAGCAUUCUAAAAUACUCCUAUAGUAUUUUAACUUUAUGUUGAGCUCUAGAAUUCCUAUUUGGUAAGUUUCAGAUCUGCUGCACACCACUAUCACUCCCGAGCACACGUUCAUCGCAUCUCGGAUAAAUGUAGUUGAUCAGGUUACAUUUAUCCCAGCUUACGAUUACAUAACUGCCCAGGUUUGACUGUAGUGCUCAACAUCCGAAGACUUUUAUUAUUGUUCUUCUUGUGAUACUUUUGUUCGAGCGCUUAGAUUCUGGAUGUUAUUAUACUUUGGUAAAAUAUGGUUAUAUUUUAAAGUAUAAUUCUUGGUCAGAGUGUUUUAUCCCAUUGCAUUUAUAGGCUGUAUAUCUUUUAUGAAUUGAUAUACUUAGCUCACUAUAAACAAUGCUCUGAUACAGAUCUGUCACACCCCAAAACCGGAACGGCGGAACGUUCUGGGGUGGAUGACGUCAUGUCAAGUAUCACAACACAUGCAUAUAGUAAUCAAAGUACAACAAAACAUUGCAUUAAUAGUAAUAAUUUUACAUGGUUACAUUACAUAGUAUCAAAGUAAUACAAGCAACAUAUAUAAAGUGCAGCAAGGUACUUAGGCCAUCUUCAUCAGCAGCUCCGGGGAUGUACCUGUCUAAUUGCUUACCUGAGAUUACAAGUUAUUUGAAAAGCGAGUAUCAGCAUUUUUACAAAUGCUGGUGAGUUCAUAAGCAUUUAGUGUCAUUUAGUCAAAUAACUUUAAUAAGUAGUAGUUUAAGUGCUUUCAGUGCUUCAGUGUCCUUUCCAGAAAAUCCUAUAUUUUCUUUAAAUAAAGCAGCCUUCUACCAAGACUGUUUCAGUGCAUUGUGGUAAGAGGUAGUUUUCCCUUAAUUGACAUUGUUAUCAAAAUACUGAAUUUGAUUAUUUAAGAAAGCAGGAGACAUCAGGGAAUAACAUAUGCCUCAGCAGUGAUGACUGCUGACUAAGGCAAAGAAUCAUAGACUCCAGGAGGGUAUCGAACUGACGACACGCCUGGUUCAGUCUGACAAAGGGGAGACAUAGACCCCAGAAGGUACCAAACGAAAGGUACAGCUGGUAAGGUCUAAAACGGUAAAUAUAGACCGAAGACGAUACCAAAUGAAAGGUAUCUCUCACAAGGUCAGAACAAAGACUACGGACCCCAGACAGUAUCAAUUGAAAGAUACAGCUAGCAAGGUCGAAACAGAGACUAUAGACCCCAGACAGUAUCAAAUGAAAGAUACAGCUAGCAAGGUCGAAACAGAGAUUAUGGACCCCAGACAGUAUCAAAUGAAAGAUACAGCUAGCAAGGUCGAAACAGAGAUUAUAGACCCCAGAUAGUAUCAAAUGAAAGAUACAGCUAGCAAGGUCGAAACAGAGAUUAUAGACCCCAUACAGUAUCAAAUGAAAGAUACAGCUAGCAAGGUCGAAACAGAGAUUAUAGACCCCAGACAGUAUCAAAUGAAAGAUACAGCUAGCAAGGUCGAAACAGAGAUUAUGGACCCCAGACAGUAUCAAAUGAAAGAUACAGCUAGCAAGGUCGAAACAGAGAUUAUAGACCCCAGACAGUAUCAAAUGAAAGAUACAGCUAGCAAGGUCGAAACAGAGAUUAUAGACCCUAGACAGUAUCAAAUGAAAGAUACAGCUAGCAAGGUCGAAACAGAGAUUAUAGACCCCAGACAGUAUCAAAUGAAAGAUACAGCUAGCAAGGUCGAAACAGAGUGACUCUGAAAAGUGACAUCAGCAUACAGUGUAAAUUGCUGACGAAAAUACCGUUACCUUAAAGCCAUGAAUUAUAAGGCAACCCAGGAUACUCGUAACCAUACUGACUAGAGUUCCAGACGCCCUACAAGCAUCUAUAUAAUAUGACAUUUGUCACCCCUUGGCUUGGUGGGCCGUGGACUGUAGCUAGCAGUUAGGGUGCGGGGUUGUCAAUCCCGUAUAGGCCUAUACACACAAUGUCCGCUCUCCCUACAGGAGACUCUGGUUGCCAACUAGACGACGGAGAAAGCCGCGUCCCGAAGAUGCAUCCCAAAUAGAGAAUAGUGUGUUUCUUGAGAGGAGUGGGUUUCUAAUACAAGUGAUAUACUAGAGGUAGAGACUUCCAAACAGUGGGUAGUGUGUUUCUAAGGUAAGUGUAGAAUAGAUGAAGAGACUCUUAAUUGACUUGACUAGAGAAUUCCCUAUAUGUCCAUACCCAUAUUCAUUGUAUUUAACUAAUGGACCAAACGACCUUCGGACGGCUACCCGAUCCCACCAGACCACAUCUCAACGAAGAAAAGGAAAUAGGGCCGAUGAGCCUUCCUAAGUCUUUCAGUCAUUACUUAUAUAUACCUAUAUAAGUACGGACAUACAUCUAACUAUGACUAAGUGGGUAUCAAGUGAAAGUGAUUCUCGUGAAGUAGGAGUGUCUAACAAGUGAAGUAAGAGCGGUCGCAAGUGAAGUAUAAGUGUCGAAUAAGUAUAAGCGCAUCGUGAAGUGGAGAUGACAAUAGGUGAAGUAAGAACGUAUCAAGUAUAAGUGAAGUAAAGUCGAUCUCAAGUAUAAGCGAAGUAGAAUCGUAUCACUAAGUAAGAGGGUAAAUAAGUAUAAGCGUUAUCAGGUAUAAGUGACUUCAGGUAUAAGCGAAAGCAUUACAGAGUAGGAGUAUAAAAUAGGUAUAAGCGAAGCAGCGGUGUUUAACAAUUAAAAGUAUUCAUGAAAACCCUUGAAGACUUUAUUACUCUGGAAAAUCGCAUUUGUAUUCUUUGAUAAAAUAAGUGUGAAAACCUUUAGAAAUCUUUGAGAAUCUUUUAUAAAUCAGUUGAAAAUGAAUCUUUGAUAAGCUAUGAAAGUAAGAACUUGAACAAUUUAAAAACCCUUUUUGAAAGCCAUUUAUAGUGCCCUACUCGGUAAAACAGUGUACAGUGGUAAAAUCUUGUGCAUGCGGGUUAUCAAUCACAUGUGAUUGAUAUGAUAACUGGCAUGUUUAACUUGUAAACCCCCCCCCCCCCCUAUGAAAACAUUUAAAAGCAUUAAAAAGGUUCAUUCAGGGGUAUGAACUCACCUGGUAUAAGUAGGUCCGACGGUAGUGCCGUUUAGGCGUUCGGGGUCACGCAAGGACUUGAACACACACAAGGACCUAUUUUAACAUAUGAUAACAUAUGUUCACAUACAAUUAGCAUAUAAUAUACUAAUAAAACAAUUAUACACACUCAAAGGAGUGGAAAACACUUUUGGUUGAGUGUUUGGGGUCCCGGGUAGCGUUUAAGGGUGCUAAGGGUCUCCUAUCAGUUGUGGGACUUUGGUAUGCUCAAGUAUCAAGGGUGUAAAGGGGUUUAAAGCAUCAAUAUGGACCAAACAAGGAGUUUACGGCCCAACCUAAGGGAGUUUACGACCGUAAACUCCCAAGGUUCUAUACUUGGGGUUUUGAUGCUUCUAGCUUGUUCCUUGAUUUAUUCUAAGCACUUUUCAUCAUAGGCAUGAUUGGAUUUGAGGCUUCUAAAGGUAUUUUAUAGGAGUUUACGGCCUAAGAACUCUCCCAAGGGAGUUUACGGCCGUAAACUCUCACCCUUAGUGAUUUGUGAAGUUUCAAGCCUCUAAUGCCUUUCUAGGAUUUUCUUAUGAAGUUUGAUGCUAUUAUGGGUGAUUAAAACCAACAUUUGAGGGGGUUUUGGGGAGUUUACGGCCUAGAAAAUGCUUGGGCCGUAAACUCCAAGAAAUGUCCCAUUUUUCUUGUGUUUAAGCCUUUAUUUCCAUUCUAGCAUUUUAUCGUAAAUGUCUAAGGCCAUUAGGGGGGCAAAAUCACACUUUUGGGCAUGAUUUUAGGGAGUUUACGGCCUUGACUAUUCAUGCCGUAAACUCCUUUCUUUAAUUCAUUUUGGAGUGUUCUAGUGUCCUAAACUCGAAGGAAUAAGUCCCUAAAAUAUGUAAUAAGCCCUAGGAUGAGUUUGGUGCACAUUUGGGACCCUAACUUGUGGAGUUUACGGCCUAAGCAUGUGCUUGGGCCGUAAACUCUUCUUUGAGUCCUAAAUCCAUGCAUUUUAGUGUUUAAACACCCCUAAGCUAUAUCCCCUAAUAGUUUCUAAGCUCAUGGUCAAGUUUAAAGGCAUUUUUGACACCUUUUUAGGGGUUUACGACCCUAGAAUGUUCCUGGGCCGUAAACUCCUUAUCUUAUGUCUUCUUGGAUGAUUUUUGGGCUAUAAACAUAAAUCAAUACGCUUAGAAUAAGUUAGGGUAAGCGGACUUACAAUUUGGAAGAGUUUGGUUGCGAAUUCGGGGCGAAAACGGGUCUAGAGAGAGAGUAUAAAGAGAGAGUGUAAAAAGUCUCCCAUUUGACUCCACUCACCCUUAUAUAGGUUUCACAGUCGGGGCUCAGUGGAAUUUUACCCGGUACUGCCGUUAAACGGGGCUUUUGGUCGCACCCGAUUUAGUGGUCGUAAUAAUAAAACUUGACAUUUUCUGAAUGAAUGAAAAUGUGUGUCUUGUGUUUUUAUUCCCUUUUAUCACGACUUAACGGCAUGUUAAAGGUAACAAAAUGGAAUGUUUAUUAAUUUGAUGCCCUCUAUUUAACGGAACUUUUUAUACAGUGGAAUAUUCCGUUAACGGUAACGGGGAAAUGUAACGGGACAACUUGGGUUGUCACAAUAGUCUCAUCCGAAGUCAUCUAUCCAACCGCAGUCUUACUUACGUUACUUAGUAUAACUUUAUCUACUUUUCUGUGAUACUCUCUAUUGUCCAGUAUGCCUUGCAUAGCUACUCUUAGAGAUAUGAUCCAAUGUAAUUCUUGAGUCUCUAUAUAUAGAGCUCAUUCUUUAUCAGUUAAUAAGAAUCUGAACAAUCUUCAAGUCUAUCAAUUACAUCUCUCUAUUACGCAUCUCAUAUUUCUUCUUACUCCUCAAGUUCUCUAGAACAUAACUGAUAAUUACUUCUCUUCGGAGCAAAUCAUUCGUGACUUUAUCACUAAUCUUGAUCUCACUCACUAACUUGGUCUGAAUGCAUUCCAUGUUAUGAAUCAACUUAUGUGUAUACUUGAUAUAUUACCUGCUGUCAUUUAUAUUUCCAUACAUUUCCGCAACUAACUCUCUAACUAUCUAAGUCGUUAACUUAUUAUUGUUGAGCUUUUAGAUCCCUUGAGAUUAACUAUUCCGCAACUAUACUUGUUCUAACGUUUUUUCAAGUGUGUCUCAAGUUUUCUCUCAACAAUUGGUAUCAGACCCAUAGUGGUUGCUUGUUGAAAAACAAAACUCUGAUUUUCAAAGGGCCUUCUAUGCCACUGAAGCUCAUUUCUUAAAAAAAACAAGGAAAAAUGGCACAAGCACUAUCUCUGAAUGUUUCCAACGGUGUUGGUGGUUCAAAUUGAGCUCCAAUAUUGGUGGCAGAUGAAUACCAUCACUGGUCUCAGAGAAUGGAAAGAUACUUAAGGAGACUUAGUAGAGAUGUAUGGUGGUCCGUAGAAGAAGGACCACAUGUUCCCGUUCUUACACCUAUUCAAACUGAUGGAGCCACAGCCAGACUAGGAGGAGGACAACCAGUCAUUAACCGUCCCACCAAAGAUGAUCUCGAUAAAAUGGAAAAUGAUGAUGUUGCUUUUUAUGAAAUCUCUUGUGGAGUUGCUCUUGACAACUUCGAUAUUAUCAUAAACUGUAAAUCAGCAAAAGAGAUCUGGGAUGUUCUCAAGAAUUUGUAUGAAGGCUCAGAACAAGCUCAAGAUAAGAAGCUCACAACUGCACUCAAUGAAUUCAACAACUUCAAAGCUCAUGCUGGAGAAAGUUUAGAAGAAUCUUUUAAAAGGUUCAAUUUGAUAGUCACUAAGUUAUCAAAUGCUGACACCAUCCGCAGUAACCAUGAAACAAACCUUCAAUUUCUCAACGGUUUGGGAAUACAUUGGACUACUGCCAAGAUGAUACUUCAAGGGGAUAGAAAGAUUCGGUCAUUAUCUCUCUACAAGCUCUACGUGGAACUACAAGCACAAGAAUCUACCGUACUUAAAGACUGUGCUGACUUCGGAGGACCACUUGCUCUUGUAGCACAAGCUCCACAUAAUCAAUCUUACUCUCCCUCGUAUGACAUUACACCGCAGUCGUACAAAGCCAACUCAGAGUAUGAUGAUGAAGAAGAGUUUAGAAGGCUAUUGCUCUUGUUAGUCAACAGUUCAUCCGGCUACCACCUUCUUCUUUAAAAAAAAAUCAACAAUUCAACAAACCUCCUUUCAACCGUAAUUUCAACCCGCAUAAUAAUCACUCUCGUUAUCCCAAAAGUUCUCACCCACCACCGCAAUCUCAAAAUACUCAAUCAAAGGAGGCGCCGUAGUCCAUUCAAACCUCUGACUCUGGUACUCGCUCAGAAGACAAAAGUGAUGUUGUAAUAUGUCAUAAGUGCAACAAAGAGAAUCAUUUUGCAAAAGAUUGCAAAGCAAAUGUGGUGAAAGACAGAGCAUUCUAUCUUAGAAUGGCUCAAGAAUUGGAGGAAAAGGAAAAGGCUAGGGCAUACGCGGCCCAUGUCAAAAGAGACCAUCAAGUUUGGUCAUCCGGAGAUGAAGAAGAAACCAUCAACAAUAUCAAAGGAAAAGGCAAAAUCUGCAUGCUAGCAACUGCUGAUGAUGGUAGGUCUACAAAGCUGGAAAAGAACUACUACUACAUGGCAAAAGAUGGAACUCUAAGCAUCGUCGAACAGGUAAAACUCAUGAUUCAAGCUCUAAACUAUAACAUGCAUGACUGUUAAAGACAAUCUUAAUGACACAUGUGAUGCCGUCCUUACAGACUACAACAAAGCCUUAGAUGAGAAGAACAUAACGUCCUAAGAGAUGUUUCAUGUGAGAGGACGACUGGACAACAAAAGACUCAAAAUGGCCAUGUUAGAAAAUGAUUUAGAGUUAGAAAAAGAUGCAAGAAUGUUGAGUGAAACACAACUAGAGAUAGCUUUGAACCAAAGAAAUUUAGCUCAGAGUGAGAUUGUACGUUUAAAUCUAUUAAUAGAAAAAUUGUUCAAUGAAAGUGAAGCUAUUGAAAACUUGCUUAAUAAUGGUACUGUGGACAAUACAUACAAUUGGGGUUGGUCCAAUGGAUAUCCUACUGCAAAGGAUUCCUCACCCCGAUUUAACAAAGAUCGACUGUAUGUCCCUUCGGACUGAGAAUUUCAUUUUCCAGUCAACAAUAAGACCUUUCCCGAAGACAUCAGAACUCACUUCGGUAGACUUCAUAAUCUAAGCAAUAACUGCGUCAUUGAGGAAAUUGUGCCUGAGGUUUUGGGUCACACAUGUGAUCAAACUCCUAUCUGUGGCACAAUCUCUUCAAAUUCUCAGGCCUCAUCAGUUGCUGAUGAAGAAAUUGUCAUAGAAAGUCCCGAAGUUUCACAUGACUUUCCGUCUCUGCUUUCAGACCAUAGUGUCUCUGAUUGUAGUCAUGAGUCACAAAAGUCCAACAAAAGUCCCAUUGAAGUCACACUUAGACUUACUCUGCGGUAGUCAAAUCAUCCUUACCAAAGUCCACAAUAAAAAGCUCCAUGACUCUUCAGCCAAUUCACCAUGAAUUACCCAUAAAGAACUUUGAAGUUGGUCAAUGCUCUCAAAACCCUGACUCUUCAAGUUCGGAUGAGUCAAGCCCUUGUUUUCAAAAAUCUACAAAGGUUUCGAGGAAACCGCAGUUGAACACUAAUGACUGCGGUUCCCCAAAAACCUUAGCAAAAAAGGCUUUCAAAGAGGAAUUUCGAUUCCAAGGCACAAAUCGACAAAACCUUUUCUAAAAAUAAAAGACACAUCAGAUUACCAAAAUGUAAGAGUCUAGAAAAGUUUGUUUUUGCUCUCUAUUUUUGAGAAAACUCUCCCAUCAAGAAAACAUGCAAAAAGGAAUGUACGUUUUCAACAUCCAUUCCUAACUCAUUUGACACAACCCAAAAGAAAGAAUGGUCUUUUCGAAGUAAUGGUUUUCAAAUCUAUUCCUCAGAUGAUCCAAAAUGGAAGGGUAUCUUACCAAUUCCAACACUUUUAAAAUCACAUCAAAAUUUCAACAAGUGGAAGGGCAUUUUACCAAAUCCUAGAAAAAGGUCCAAGGUAGAUACGUGCUAAAUCUUUUUCGAAACAAACUUUUUCAAAUUCCAACAGCACUAAUGUCAGAUUUUACCAACCUCGGACCAGUCACAAGCCUACCUCAUCCUUCCGACCGCUGACCAAACAAAGUGUCAAAACAAAAGACAAAAUUUCAGCAUGUCAAUGUCAAUGUAGUUGUCAAAAAGGUUUAUCUCAUGUCAAAUCUGAUCCUUUUCAGAAACCUCGUACCUUUUCAAAAAAACGCAACACUCCAAAAACUCACAAACACCCAGGACUAGGACUAAAAGUUGAUACAAAACCAGUGCCUGCAACCUCGAUUCAUGCAUCAAUCAGAAACUCAUCCUUUGUCCCAGGCUCCAAACUAGUUUGGAUGCCUAAACUAACCGUGUAAUUCUUAGGCCUUGUGCAAGGAGGAAUAAGAAGAAGAAUGGUUAAUUGACAGUGCCUGCUCCUUGUACAUGACAGGAAGAUUAGAAUACCUUCGAGAUUUCAGGCCAAUUUGCAACAGUGGAAACGUCACAUUCGGGAACAAUGCGAAUGGGAUAAUCCGAGGUUAUGGUGUUCUUACUACGGGAAACUUCUCUAUUCAAAAUGUUGCUUAUGUAGAAGGCCUUAAACACAAUCUCAUCAGUGUUGGUCAACUAUGUAAAGCAGGCCAUCGUGUUGAAUUUGAUGACCAAUUUUGCUAUGUAAUGACAAGCGAUAGGAGCACUUGUCUGAUCAAGUCGAGAUCCGAAGGUACUAUGUACCCUCUAGAUGUAUCCUUGAUCAUAGACAAACCACAGUUAUGCUUCCUAUCCAAAGCAGUAUCCAAAGUCAAUUGGCUAUGGUACUGCAAGCUAGCUUACCUCAACUUCAGAUACAUCAACAAUUUGUUCACAGGCGAACUAGUAAGAGGUAUUUCAAUCCUCAAGUUCAGUAAUGAUACUCUCUACCCUGCAUGUGAAUGUGGAAAACAAUUCAAGGCAAGUCACCCCAUGGUGAUUGACUCCUCAAUUUAUGAACCAUUGGAACUCUUGAACGUUGAUCUCUGCGGUCCAUCUACCGUACCCAGUCUUCAUCACAAAAAAUACAUACUGGUUAUAGUGGAUGACUUCACACGUUUCGCAUGGGUCUUCUUUAUUCGACUCAAGUCAGAAACACUGUAGGUGUUGAUCAACUUCAUCAAGGAAAUUGAACUUCAGAUCAAGUUACCAGUUAGACGUAUCCGCAGUGAUAAUGGAACCGAGUUUACUAACCAUCUUCUAAACAGUUUCUUGGUUUCCAAUGGCAUUACUCACAACUUCUCAGCUCCCUAAACACCGCAACAAAAUGGGGUAGUAGAGUGAAGGAACCACACUCUAGUAGAAGCUGCCAUAUCUAUGCUCAACUUUGCUCACUUUUCUCUCUACUUCUGGGCCGAAGCAGUGGCCACAACCUGUUUUGUACAAAAUCGAAGCAUUGUGUGCAAACGUCUCAACAAAACACCGUAUAAGGGCUUUAACAAUUACAAGCCAAAUGUCCGAUUAUUUCAUAUAUUUGGGUGUAGAUGUUUCGUAAUCAACAACAAAGACCACCUUAACAAAUUUGCACCAAAGUCUGUUGAAGUCAUCUUCCUUGGCUACUCCACUAACAAUGUUGCUUAUCGAGUUCUCAUUAGAUGAACAAGUCUGAUAACUGAAAGCUUCGAUUUGAAAUUCGAUGACUAUCACAUCCGCAACACCGCUCCAUCCACCGAAACCACAACAAUUCUAGAAAGUAAUAUUCCUGCCUCUUCGGGUCCGUUAAAUCUAGCUGAAAUAAACUAUGACGAUCUCUUCGACCCGGUAGAUAAAACAAAGUUAUCCAAAGUUCUUGUGUCUCUGGAAGCUCAGCAGCAGCCUGCUGAUGUAUCUGAUCCUACGCUGUCCGAUGAAGUAUCUCUAAAUACUUCCACCUCGCCGGUUGAGGGGGAAAACUCAACUCCGGACCAUCCAACAACCAUCGAGGUUCCAGUACUAGAAGAUGCAGCUCGAAUCCGCAAAGAGUUUCAACCAUCAAAUUUUUCUUCGGAUUCGGAUGAUGAAAACAUAGAGAACAUUGAUACAAGAACAGAUUUAAGGAUUAUUACACUCCCAUCAGCAAUCCAGGGGGAACCGUCACAUGUUCAAGGGGAACUCCCGUCUGCACUCCAGGGGGAACCUUCACCAUCUGCCCAAGAAAACCCUAAUCCAUCCUUCCCAGUUUAAGACAAUUCAGCAGGAUGUUCUCAAGUCCAGGGGGAACUGCCGUCUCCAACCACAGAGUCUUCUGAUAUUGAAGAGUUUCCCUCCACCGCAGCUGCUGAUCAUCUGCAACCCUGUCUACACAUAUGGACGAAAGACCAUCCACCAGGACAAAUCAUCGGCAACCCAUUCACAUGAAUCCAAACUCGAUCAUCCAAGGACUUAUCCGAUCAUUGUCACUACGCAGCGUUUCUGUCCUCAGUCGAGCCCCGAUCAAUAAAAGAAGCAUUAUUAGAACCAGUUUGGAUAUCCGCAAUGCAAGAAGAGCUAGAAGAAUUCAAAAGAAACAAAAUAUGGCAGCUCGUUUCGAAGCCGCAAGGCGACACCAUUGUUGGUACUAGAUGGGUGUACAAGAAUAAGCUGGAUGAAUCCGGUGCGGUCGUCAGAAACCAGGCAAGACUAGUUGCCAAGGGAUAUAGUCAACUUAAAGGCAUUGACUAUGAUGAAACGUAUGUUCCGGUAGCACGAAUGGAAGCCAUUCGGAUCUUCUUAGCAUACGCAACUCACAAGAACAUCAUGGUUCAUCAAAUGGAUGUGAAAAGCACUUUUCUCAACGGUGAAUUAAAAGAGGAGGUUUAUCUUUAGCAACCUCCGGGCUUUGAAAGUCUUGAAUUCCCAUACCAUUGCUACAAGAUUGAAAAAGCAGUCUACGGUCUAAAACAAGCCCCGAGAGCGUGGUAUGAGACUCUCUCUGAAUUUCUUGUCUCGUCCGGAUACAAAAGAGGAGUGAUUGAUCCCACUUUAUUUAGAAAAGCAAAUGGUGAUCAUCUUAUGCUUGUACAAAUAUAUGUGGAUGAUAUCAUCUUCGGCUCAACUGAGUAAAAAAUGGUGAAUGAAUUCGCUAAGCUCAUGACCAACAAGUUCCAAAUGAGCAUGAAUAGAGAGAUUAACUUCUUUCUAGGACUUCAAGUAAAACAAGUCCCUUAAGGGAUAUUCAUUCAUCAGGAGAAAUAAACCUCUGAACUGUUAAAGAAAUAUUCAAUGGACAAUUGUUCUUUGGCUAAGGUCCCCAUGGCCUUCGGAUAUAAGUUAUCUGCUGAUCCCAAAGGCGAAUCAGUUGAUCACAAGACUUAUAGAGGUAUUAUUGUCUCAUUGAUGUACCUCAGUGCAAGUCGACCAGAUAUCGUCUUUGCAACAGGUGUAUGCGCAAGGUACCAGUCUGAUCCGAAAAUGUCACACAUGACCGCAACCAAGAAGAGUCUACGGUACUUAAAGGGUAGCAAGACUCUUGGCUUAUGGUACCCCGCAGGAAACGACUUCAGCCUACAAGCAUUCAUAGAUGCGGAUCAUGCCGGAUGUAAACUGGAUCGUAAAAGCACCUCAGGUGGAUGUCAAUUUUUGGGUGGAAGACUCGUCAGCUGGUCAUCAAGAAAACAAAAUUGUGUAUCAUUGUCUACUACAGAAGCUGAAUAUGUGGCCGCAGCCAGCUAUUGUUCACAAGUCUUAUGGAUGAAAACACAACUAUUGGAUUACAGAUACAGAAUGCUGCAGAUACCAAUCUAUUGUGACUCUGAAAGUGCUAUAGCGAUUUCUCACAAUCCAAUUCAGCACUCCAAGACCAAGCAUAUUGAACUACAGUAUCACUUCAUCAAAGACCACAUCCUGAAAGGUAACAUUGAACUAAUUUUUGUCCAUACUCAUGAAGAGAUUGCUGAUGUAUUUAAAGGCACUUGACUCUACAAAACUCAACAGUUUCUUACAAAUGUUAGGAAUGAUGAAUCAAGGCCCACAAUUCUUUAUGAAUUGAUAGGUACCGUAGACCAUCCUUGGUCUCUGUUGCGGUCCUAAUUGGAGUUAUCUAUGAUAAAUGGUUUUGAUAUACCCUGAAUACCGCAACCAUAUAUCAUACUUAUCCUUCAAUGGUCCUUAUUUUUUGUUAUUACUAAUCUUUGUACAAGUGUUCUCCUCAGUUCUUCUACCGCAAUUAUCCAUCCGUUGACAGAUGAUCCAUCUGCAAUGAUGUUUCAAUCCGCAGUCACUAUGAUUGAUUUACAAACUGUUUCAUUUUUUAAUCAUGGUGUGCUAUUCAAUGAUCCUUCUUUAAAUAGAGAAAAACAUUAGAAAAAACAUUCUUUGUGUAACUGUCCCAUUCUUUUGUGUAAACUUCGUGUCAGACCUAUUUUAGGUAUGAUGACAAAAAGAUCGAUUUCCCAAAAUCAAAUCCUUUAAAACUGUUCCUAUUACCCCAAAACGUCAAAUUCGUUACAACUUCCCCUUUACACAACAGAUUAAUCCCACCCUCACCACACGUUCUUCAGAUGUGGUGUUGAAGUUUGACAUUUCAUUAAAUGCUAACCCCUUUUGGUAAAUCUCAAAAAUAUAGAUUAAACCUUUUUCUUAAUCUGUGGCUGAGAUUAUCUCUCCUAAUCCAAGAAAAACACCCAAAUGUUUUACCUAAUUUCACUUAGGGUAAAAUCGUUUCCCGCUCCAAAUUAGCCAUUAUAAAACCCCCUUCUUCUUCCCCAAGAAAAGUUUACUCUUUCUGAACCUCGAAUCUUUUCUUGCACUAUGUUUUCUAUUGCAAAAACUUCUUCAACUCCUACAAUGGUGAAAUCAGGUAUCUCUAAGAAACACUCCAAGGCAUCUGGAUCAGCAAACCCUACUGGUUCAGACUCUGCAUCAAGACACCCAAUGCCAACGAUUGCUUCAAGCAAUUUUAGGGUUGUGUUCGAAGAGCAUUCCUUCUACAAUGCUCUGACCAAGUUGAUGAUCAAGUUUCUGUCCAAUCACCCACUGUUUGGUCCCUUCGAUUCAUUUACAGAUGUGGUUCCUCUCUCAACUCUCUUCAAGUGUGCCUUCUCAGUGUAUCGAUCCCUCGAAAAUCCUCAAGAAGUGCAUCUGAACUUGGUAAACGAUUCUUUGGUCAUGCUGACUAAAGAAAAGUUCCUCACUGCCAUCAACCUGCUAGUUCAUCCUUCAAUCAAGGUUUUCACUCCUAGUAUGGCGGACAUCCUUUCUGCACUCUACCAAAUGGGUUACCAAAAGAAGAUCAAAGGCAUAGGCGAGUUCAAGAAAAAUCAGCUGCCUGUGGUAUGGCAAUUUAUUUGCCACUUUGUGAUUUGCAGCCUGUUCGACAGAACCGGAGGCACUGAUAAUAUGGGUCUCAAGCUCCUGGAGUUGGUGUGGAGCAUCUUCACUGCCCAUGAUGUUAACUACGGUCAGAUCUUUUGGGAUGACUUCUUGCAAUACAUUCCCAAGGAAAGUCCAAGGGAGAAUCCUACCGAACUCACGUUUGCCAGAUUUUGGUCUCUAUGCAUCUCAGACCUUCAUACGGAUGCAGGACUUAGCAUGGGCAACGACAUCAAUCUCUUCAUCACUAAAGAUCUCAAAAGGUAUAAUCCCUUUACUGAUCAAUAUGAUUUUGGACCUAUCAGACGGCUACCAGUCCAUAUUCCUUCUACUCUUGGUCUUGAAACUACUGAUGUCUCAGACCAUAUUGAGGCUACGUAAGGUAUUGCCCCAUACCUUUCUACCCCGCCUCUACAAACCACAUCCGCACUCACUAUCCCUGGUAGUACUGUAGUCCCAUCCUCCACCACUCUAUCAAACCUGUCUUUAUCACAAAGACACAAACAGUUAGCCUCAGCUCAUCAAGGCCCUCGCCACACCAAGAAACAUGGAACUCCUAAGAAAAAGGAUGCUCCCAAGCAAGCUGACCCUUCAAAGAAAAGAAAAAUCAUCCCAACUGUGCCCACAAAUGUCAAUCCAAAUGAACAUCGAUCUCACUCUCCUUGUAUGAGUGAUUCUGAUGACGACGAUCAACCCAUCUCUAUUCUCAAGAAAAGAAAAACCAAUCCCACAGACCAAAUGCGUGACCGGACUGAUACCACAACCUCUCUAAAGGCUCCGGUAGUCCUUGGGGUGGCCGCACACCCAUUCAAUACCACUAUCGAAUACUACUCAGACACAGAAAGUGUGUCUAUUUCACCGCAAUGUGGAGACUCACCCCCAGUUCACUCCUAAGAGAAUGGAACUGGUUCCCGCCCUAAGGUCUCCAGGGCUUCCCGUCUACACUUCGUUUCCCUUGAGGAGUUGCAAUGCAUUCUUUUGUUUGUUACCCAAACACUUCAAACACCUUCCCAACCACAAGGCGAUUUUUCAGCCUUUUCCAGAACUGAGCCGAGGCCAGACUUGACCCUAGGUUAAGGAGACCGAGGAAGCUCAGGAAAUCCUACUCUGCUUACAUUUGCUACAAGUGGUUUAGGCACGAUGAGCACCAAUGUGCAAGGAUCCGUGAACCCGAGGGACACCUUGGUGUGUUUUGAAGGAAUUGACGAAAUUCAUCUCAACGAUUCAUGGAGUAAGUAUCAACCAACUAAUGAUGUUGAAGCCAAGAAAUAUGCCGCUUUCCGUAGGGCAUUUCAAGCAAGAAAGGCUCGUCAAACUAAGAAGCUUCAACAAAACCAACAAGAGAUUCAGUCCGUAGCGAAGUAUUGGGAAAAUGCAAUCAAUAAUGCCCAUACCGUAUCUACAAUUUGCAAAGUUCAAGCUUUGAUGGACGAAAUGGCUGAAACAAUCCGCAAGGCUCAAGCUGCGACUGCUGAUCAAACUCCCUCAAAACCCCAUCCAACUCCAACUGCUAGAGAUUCUCAAGAGUAAGGCACCGCAAUAGAAGUCAGCUCCGCUCCUACCUUCGGAUUUGAUGAUAUUGAUCUGAAUGAGGUAAAUCAGCCUAACCCUUCUGAUGAUGAUCUGAUGAUGUUUGCUGAGGAAGAGAAAUCGAGUGGUUCUCAACACUCAACCUCCAAGCCCAAGGAGAAAAAGAAGAAGAAGAAGAAGAUGGCUGUGUCUAGAAAGGAAUUUUUGAAUCUACAAUCCAAAGUAGAUCAAAUUCUUGUUGCGGUCAAGUCCACUCAACCGCAAUCUGAAGACCAUCCAGGACUGCAGUCCUUAAUCGAAAGGAUUGAAAGAUUGGAGACUCGGGAACGUUUAGUUGCUGAGAGGAUUUCUCUCAAAGUGGGAAUGGGGAUUUGGUCUCUCGACAACACUCGACAGGCUGGUCACAAGUAAUUCAUGGCUGCUGCGGAGCGCCUCAUCUCUGAGGUAUCCGCAAUCAAGGAAAAUUUGCAGACCACCAUUGCAGACCGGUCCACUCUCUCCCAGAAGCUGAUAGCUGAGACUCACACUGCUUAUGAGUCCACUAUCUCAGUCCUUCAUUCAACCAUCAACAGACUUCAACGAUCCUUAUCAUCCAAUUUCCAUGGCCCUGAAUUCUACAACUCACAAAGGAGAUUCAUCGGAUACUCUUCGACACCUCAAUCCCAGACAAUCAACAGCUGGCUGAUGUUCUUAAAGCUCACUUUCAGGAGGUGUGUGCCAAAGUCGAUGGUCUCAAACAAUAGCUUAAGGAGGCUCCGGGUCUGAACUCCUCAAGAGGGGGGAAGUGAAAAAGACCAUCGUGAAGAAGAACAUCACUCAAAUAGUGCUUCUCAUCAUAGAAGCCCUCCCAUCAUAACAGAAAACAUUCCCUCAUCGCAACCAUCUACUCUCCAGACAUCACCGCAACAUCCUUCUCCCUCUCAACAAAAAAGUUCUCCUAAACAACCUGAGACUCCUCCUCACUUCAAGAAUCUCACUCCCAACAUGUCAUCAGCAAGCUCCAAUGACUCUCCUAUCAUAAAACGAAAGAAAGCUGACUGGAAAGCAGCUAAGUUUGCUGAACUCUUAUGGAGAUAAUUCGGUUUUGACACUAGCCUGGAUGAAUCCUUGAUCAAUUCUUGGGUCAAUCCGCACCGCAGACUACUAGAUGAUGACUACAAACCCUACCUUACCUAUGCUGAACCUCCUUCUGAUGGCUACUGGGAUGUUCCAAUCUCCCUAGCCUACCGGAUCACAGAAGACUGCCUAUGGAAUUCGAGAGAUUCAAUCGCUUCGAUGCCAAACAUGCCUUUUCCAUAGAGAAAAUCUGUUCUAAUGAUAGACCAUCCACAGUCAAGAACUUCAAGCCCCGAAAAUUCAUGAAGGCUGACUUCAUUCAAUACACACUUACAAGAAGGAAUCAGGACUAUAUCCCCACCCAAGCUGACUUUCCAUGUAUGAACCUAGAAGAAGUCUUUCUAAUAGCAAAGGUGUUCCAAAACAAAUGCGAAAACUAUCCAAAAAUGAAGAUAACACUUGAAAGGGCAAGCAUUUUUCUGAAGGAAACCGUCUGCGACUUUGCAAAGAUUGAUGCGGACAUCCACCCUACAAUUGCCAAGAAGUUCGAUCUACCACCACUUGAUCUUGCACCGAUGCCUACCGAAGGUUAUCAAGAGAGAUCCCUAGGUGAAACAAACUUCCCCGAACUAGGAGUCAUUUUCAAAAGGAAGGUCGAUCAGAUUAAAUACUUCAUUCCCAUGACCUUCAUGAAUCGUCUUACAAGGAAGCAACUUGAAAUCUGUCGAACCGCAGUAGAAAAAUCAAAACACACGACUACCGAAGUCAAGUUCGAGAUUUUAAGAAGGUUCACCUGGUUGGAAAAUAUCAAAAAGUUUUGGUGGAUUAUGAUCAAGUUCCUGAAACUUGAUAAGUGAAGAAAAGUUAAAGAGGUCACUUAGGAAGAAAUUGCUGAAUCAUGGAAGUGACCCUCUUGAACUUAGUCUACCGCAGCCCUCAAGGAUCCGCAGUCAAGCCCUCACUAGCAGUCUCAUCCAAAGUCAUCUAUCCAACCGUAGUCUUACUUACGUUACUUAGUUUAACUUUAUCUACUUUUCUGUAAUACUCUCUAUUGUCCAAUAUGCCUUACAUGGCUACUCUUAGAGAUAUGAUCCAAUGUAAUUCUUGAGUCUCUAUAUAUAGAGCUCAUUCUUUCUCAGUUAAUAAGAAUCUAAAUAAUCUUCAAGUCUAUCAAUUACAUCUCUCUAUUACGCAUCUCUUAUUUCUUAUUAAUCCUCAAGUUGUCUAGAACAUAACUGAUAAUUACUUCUCUUCGGAGCAAGUUAUUCAUGACUUUAUCACUAAGCUUGAUCUCACUCACUAACUUGGUCUGAAUGCAUUCCAUGUUAUGAAUCAACUUAUGUGUAUACUUGAUAUAUUACGUGCUGUCAUUUAUAUUUCCAUACAUUUCCGCAACUAACUCUCUAACUAUCUAACUCGUUAACUUAUUAUUAUUGAGCUUUUAGAUCCUUUGAGAUUUACUAUUCCACAACUAUACCUGUUCUAACGUUUGUUCAAGUGUGUCUCAAGUUUUUCUCUCAACAAAAUUGUAUGUCAAAACCUCUCCCAAUUAUUCUGCUUCUAAGUUCCGAUUUUAUAAAGAGAAGUGAGAGAGACGUUUUUAGAGAGAGAAUUAAAGAGGUGGAAUGAGGGAAUGAGUAAAAUGAUUAGGUUAGGGAAGAGGUGACUUGGGGGAAAAAGAUGUAAACGUGAUUUUGAGAAGAGAAGAAGUAUUUUCUAGCAUUCAUUUUUUUAUUUAUAUAAUUUAUAAGGUUUGGGGGUUAUGUUUAGAAAAUAUAAAAUCUUGUAUUAAAUUUUAUGACAUUUUGGCUCCUAUACUCAUAUAUAAGCUAAUG